AAAAUUUACUUAUUUUUUGCUGCCCCACUUGCAUUCCCUUGAUGAACUCUUUCUCAUCUUAGCUGAGUGAAGUUGGCUUAUAAAUAGAGAGAAAGAGGGUGAGGUAAUUGUCAAGUGAAGCAGUGAGAAGUUUGGUGUGAGAGUACUAGAAAUGGUGAUAAUGGAGGGUGGUUCCAAGUGGUUACUCUAUGUUGCUGGUGGUCUUCUAAUCCUGAGAUUUUUGCUGAGGAAUGUGAAUUGGUUUCUCUAUGAAUACAAGCUUGGUGGGAAGCAAUACUUUCUUCCUCCAGGUGACAUGGGCUGGCCCUUAAUUGGAGACAUGUGGUCCUUUCUCAGUGCUUUCAAGACCAACAACCCUGAUUCCUUCAUUGAUUCAUUUUACUCUAAGUAUGGAAAAACUGGCAUAUACAAGGUGUUAAUGUUUGGAAAUCCAAGUGUAAUCGUGACAACACCUGAAGCAUGCAAAAAAGUGUUGACAGAUGAUGACAAAUUCACUCUUGGAUGGCCUCGUUCUACAGUAGAACUCAUGGGAGAAAAGUCAUUCAUUUCAAUACCUGCUGAUGAACACAAACGCCUCAGGCGUUUAACAUCUGCUUCAAUCAAUGGCUAUGAAGCACUCUCUGUGUACAUCACAUUCAUUGAAAAAGUUGUCAUAAGUUCAUUGGAGAAAUGGACCACCAUGGGGGACAUUGAGUUUUUGACUCAAAUGCGCAAGCUUACCUUCAAAAUCAUUAUACAUAUUUUCCUUAGCUCAGAAAGCGAGUCUGUCAUGGAGGCUUUGGAAAGAGAAUACACAAUACUUAACCUUGGUGUUAGAGCCUUGCGUAUUAACCUUCCCGGAUUUGCAUUCCAUAAAGCAUUCAAGGCUAGGAAAAAUCUAUUGGCUGUAUUUCAAACUAUUGUGGAUAAAAGAAGAAAGGAAAGGAUCGGAAAAGCACCCGCCAAGAAAGCCAAAGAUAUGAUGGAUGCUCUGCUAGAUGUUGAAGAUGAAAAUGGAAGAAAAUUGGGUGAUGAUGAUGUCAUUGAUAUCAUGUUGAUGUACUUGAAUGCUGGUCAUGAAUCCUCAGGACAUAUUACCAUGUGGGCCACCUAUUUCCUCCAAAGGCAUCCAGAAUAUUUCAAGAAGGCUAAGGAAGAACAAGAAGAAAUCAUAAGGAAGAGGCCUCCAACACAGAAAGGAUUGGUACUGGAGGAAGUUAGGAAGAUGGAAUAUCUCUCAAAGGUGAUUGAUGAAACAAUGAGGGUUGUCACCUUCUCACUAAUGGUCUUUAGGGAGGCAAAAUCUGAUGUCAAUAUCAAUGGUUACUUGAUUCCAAAAGGUUGGAAAGUAAUGGCCUGGUUCAGGUCGGUUCACCUUGACAACGACAUAUAUCCUAAUCCAAAGGAGUUUAAUCCCGAGAGAUUUAGUGAGGUGCGCAAGGCUGGAGAAUUUCUUCCCUUUGGAGCUGGAACUAGACUGUGCCCUGGGAAUGAUCUUGCCAAGCUUGAAAUCUCUGUUUUCCUUCAUCAUUUUCUGCUGAAUUAUGAGCUUGAACAGCUUAAUCCAGAUGCCCCUCUGAGAUUCUUACCACACACAAGGCCCAUAGACAAUUGCAUGGCAAGGAUCAAGAGAGUCAAGUGAUUUCGUCAAGAUGGAAAAGGAGAAGCAUAUCUGUGACUGGCUCUUCUUAGUAUAAGAACCUAUCUACAUGUUUUCCAUCGAAUAAGACUAGGAUAUCUCAAAAUUAUUGCGUGUAUCAAACUUUAAUCGCUAGCUAGUGUCUAGUGUGUUACCCAUUUCGGUGAAUAAAUUAUGAAUUCUAUGAACUUUUGUUCCA